UAUCGAUCUAUCUAGAGAAAAAAAAACAGUUUUUAAAGAAAUAAACAUAUAUAUCGAUCUAUCUAGAGAAAAAAGCAGUUUUUAAAGAAAUAAUUUGAUUUUAUAUUGGUCAGGUUUCAAAAGAUUCAAGUCUAAGUUUUCUUUAUGUGGGGAUAAAGGAAAAGAGGAACAUACAACAUGGGAUCCAAAGUCCAAAGAAAGGUCUUUAUGGUGAAAGCUUAUUGACAAAGAAAAAAAGUGGUGACACACUUUACACUAAAUCCAAGUCAUUAGAUCUUAAAGAGCUUACAACAUGACGACAUCAACAACAUGCACCUCAUGAUCUCUUCUGCUCCUCUGCAUCUAACCCCAGUUACUGUCGUCAAUGUAAAUACAUGUACCGCAUAUUCAUACAUAUGUGUGUGUAUCUCUUUCUCUCUCUAUAUAUAUAUCUAAGUGUGCAUGGUUCGAGUUAGAAACUGGAAAUCUAUUAAAACACAUAUAAGCUAUAAUGGGUGAUCUGCAAAUCGUGCCAGCAUACAACAAGGUGGAAGCACAGUACGUAGAAAUGAUGGUGCCAUUGUACUCUUACGGUUGUGAGAAGAAAAUUAAAAAGGCUCUUUCUCAUCUCAAAGGAAUAUAUUCAGUGAAAGUAGACUACUACAAACAGAAGGUGACUGUUUGGGGGAUUUGCAACAAGCUUGAUGUGUUAGCAAUGGUCAAAAAGAAGCGUAAAGAAGCUCGUUUUUGGAAUGCUGAGGAGAAUGAUCAAGAGAGCGUGGAUGACUCCAUCGUCCAGAAAGAAGACACUGUUAAAACUUCGUCUGAUUCAGAUAAAUCAUCGGCGUUCUAUACGUAUUCACCGUCGUCUCCGAGGUUUAAGAGACCUCCUUUGUCACUCAUUAGAACAUCUUCCUUCACAUGGAAAGCUGUGAAGAAGGUCUUCUCUAGAUCCAUUUCCUUUUGAAUCACAUUUUCUUCUUAUAUGAACCUAAUAAUGGUACAAGAAGUCACGUAUCUGUCAGUGUAUAAAUAUCAAAUAUUGUAGUUGAGAACACUCGUCAGCAACCAAUAUUUGAUGGUAGUUCAGUGGUCAUGGCUUUGUUCGUCUAUUAUAUGUUUAAAAUCUAUGUUUCUAGACAUGUUUCUUUCCUACUAUAUAUAAAAUAAGCAGUUCUAGUUGAUAA